CUAUCAAAUUCUCUCCACGGAAAGUUGUUUAUUAUAAAAUGGCAAUAUUAGCUCUGAAUUAUGUUUUCUCUUUUGAUUAAGGCAACUUUGCCUUCAGACACGUUCUGCAUACAAACUUCAGCUUCUUGGUUUGCUUUUGCUUCGAACUGGAAGUUCACAUCAGAAAAGAAGCAAAUGGGCUGUCGGCGAAAAUAAUGUUUCGCCGCGAUCAAUCAAGACGAGUUUGGCAAGUAAUUAACUGAGUGAGAGCAGAAGGCCCGAGUCUAAUCAAAAGGAGGAAAAAGUCUGCACACGCAAGUGCGAGACCGACCCUGAGGCUAUUAGGGCGGGAGCGGAGGGUGCGCGGCCACGGUGCGCCCGCGAGAGAUGGAGGGGGCCGGUCGGGGGCCGGUUCGUCAGUGCGUGGCAUGGAGGAGCCGUCGACGGAGGCCGUGCUCAACUGCACCGUCCGCCUCAUGGAGGUGGACGCGGUGCUCGAGGCGCCGAUGCCGCGCUUCGGACACUUCGGUCUCAUGGACAAUUCCACGUACCUGCUGCGCUCCAUCAACGCGACCACCCAGGUGCUGCUGGGUGUGCUGAGCCCGCUGCUGGACGACACGGACUUCAGCCUGCACCCCGAGCGAAAGGGUGCGUUGCGCCAAUUCCUGACGGACUGUCUGUUCCCAGCCCAGCCGAAACCGUUCGCCCUGCCCUGGUGGCAGAAAACAGUGUGGAGCGUCGUUUUCGGCGCCAUGCUGCUCGUCGCCGUCGGAGGAAACGCUAUCGUAAUGUGGAUCGUCCUCGCGCACAGACGGAUGCGCUCGGUGACCAACUACUUCCUCGUGAACCUGAGUGUGUCGGACAUGAUGAUGGCCCUGCUCAACUGCGUCUUCAACUUCAUCUACAUGAUCGACUCGGACUGGCCGUUUGGCGCCACGUACUGCACGGUGAACAACUUCGUGGCCAACGUGACGGUGGCCGCAAGCGUCUUCACGUUGGUGGCCAUUUCGCUGGACCGGUACGUGGCCAUCGUGAAGCCGCUCAAGGGACGCAUGCGGAAGCGGUGGGCGCUUUUCACGGUGCUUUCCAUCUGGUUCCUCAGCUCACUCCUCGCACUGCCCACCCUGCUCUACUCGACCACAUCGACGAGCAGUCACACGAACGGUGAGACGCGCACCCUGUGCUUUCUUCAGUGGCCAGACGGGACCUACCCGCGCUCAAGUCUGGACUACGCGUACAACCUGGUGUUUCCGGCGCUGACGUACCUGGUGCCGGUGGCGGCGAUGGCCGUUUGCUACUGGCGCAUGGGCCGCGAGCUGUGGGGCGCGAGCGACGCGGCGACGCAGCGUCAGGCGGCGCGACGCAGGGUGGUGCGCAUGUUCCUCGUGGUCGUGACCAUCUUCGCGGUCUGCUGGCUGCCGUACCACGGCUACUUCAUCUACGCCUACCACUUCCGCGAGAUCGCAGCCUCCAGCUACGUGCAGCACCUGUACCUCGCGUUCUACUGGCUCGCCAUGGCCAACGCCAUGGUCAACCCUCUCGUCUACUACUGCAUGAACCACAGAUUUCGCGCCUAUUUCCGGCGGGUGGUUUGCUGCGCCCCGAAACUGCCCGUGGAGCCCCCGAGGCCGGCGGCGGCCACCCCCAUGAGGUGGAACCGCAGCACUCAGGAGUCGCGCUUGGUCGUCAACGGUGCGCACAAUUUGUGACAAAGACCGGCCAACGGCCACAGGGAGACGUCCGUGUGAGCUCAAUCGGUGUGCGCUAAUUCUCAUUUUGCUUUACUCUGUGCCGACGUGUGUGAUAUACAAAAAUUUAUGUGAUGUUUUCAAAGAUAAUUAUGUAUUCACGUGACAGUCUAUGGAAUAAAAGUUUAUCACAUUCAUUCGUGUGAUACAUGUAUUUUGUUU